CGACGAACCAGCUGCAACUUCUCCGUCCUCCUGUCCUUUUCACCACCUUUUCCCUCUGGAACCCCGUAAUAAAAGCCUUUUUUCUUCUUUCCCCGGGCUCAAUCUUGCACUCUUGCUACCUCGAAGUCACCACUCCUACUUUUCCUCUCCAACCCUUCAGAAACCAAGAAAAAGCGUUCACCAUGCGUGAGGUUAUUAGCAUCAACGUCGGCCAGGCUGGUUGCCAGAUUGCCAAUUCCUGCUGGGAGCUUUACUGCCUCGAGCACGGUAUCCAGCCCGAUGGUUACCUCACUGAGGAGCGCAAGGCUCAGGACCCCGAUCAGGGUUUCAGCACCUUCUUCUCCGAGACUGGCCAGGGCAAGUACGUUCCCCGUGCCAUCUACUGCGACUUGGAGCCCAAUGUCGUCGACGAGGUCCGAACCGGUCCUUACCGCAACCUCUUCCACCCGGAGAUGAUGAUCACUGGCAAGGAGGAUGCUUCCAACAACUACGCCCGUGGUCACUACACCGUCGGCAAGGAGCUGAUUGAGGGCGUUCUCGACAAGAUCCGACGUGUUGCCGACAACUGCGUUGGUCUCCAGGGCUUCCUGGUCUUCCACUCCUUCGGUGGUGGUACCGGUUCUGGUUUCGGUGCUCUCCUGAUGGAGCGUCUGUCCGUCGACUACGGCAAGAAGAGCAAGCUCGAGUUCUGCGUCUACCCUGCUCCUCAGACUGCCACCUCCGUCGUUGAGCCCUACAACUCCAUCCUGACCACCCACACCACCCUGGAGCACUCUGACUGCUCCUUCAUGGUCGACAACGAGGCCAUCUACGACAUCUGCCGUCGCAACCUCGGUCUUGAGCGCCCCAACUACGAGAACCUCAACCGCCUGAUUGCUCAGGUCGUUUCCUCCAUCACCGCCUCCCUGCGUUUCGAUGGUUCCCUCAACGUUGAUCUCAACGAGUUCCAGACCAACCUGGUCCCCUACCCUCGUAUCCACUUCCCUCUGGUCGCCUAUGCCCCUGUCAUCUCUGCUGCCAAGGCUGCCCACGAGGCCAACUCCGUCCAGGAGAUGACCAUGUCCUGCUUCGAGCCCAACAACCAGAUGGUCAAGUGUGACCCCCGCAACGGCAAGUACAUGGCUACCUGCUUGCUGUACCGUGGUGACGUCGUCCCCAACGACGCCCACAACGCUGUCGCCACCCUCAAGACCAAGCGCACCAUCCAGUUCGUCGACUGGUGCCCUACUGGUUUCAAGCUCGGUAUCUGCUACCAGGCUCCCGAGAACGUUCCCAACGGCGAUCUCGCCAAGGUCAACCGCGCUGUGUGCAUGCUGUCCAACACCACCGCCAUCGCCGAGGCCUGGUCUUCCCUGUCCCUCAAGUUCGACCUCAUGCACUCCAAGCGUGCCUUCGUUCACUGGUACGUUGGUGAGGGUAUGGAGGAAGGUGAAUUCUCCGAGGCCCGUGAGGAUCUCGCUGCCCUGGAGCGCGAUUACGAGGAGGUUGCUGCCGACUCUCUCGAGAGCGAGGAGAUGGAGGCUGAGUACUAAGUUGUUUUUUUGCUGUUGGAGUCAUGGAUAUUGAGGGUAUGGACUGUGAAAACCGGUACCACCUAAUCCCGCCGCCGAGUCCUCUUGGACAGGAGGUGUAUUUUCUUUAUUAGGUCGCAAGCCUCAGUUUUUAAUGUUAAAAAGCAAAUCUGUAAAUGGGAAGAAGCCAACAGACGCUGUUAUCUAUAAAGGUUGAUUUGAGCAAUUGGUGUACAAGAGAAGAUUACUAAUCCGUAAAGUACGGUCUUUUGUUGAUGCCGUGAUU